AUGAUAGACGUCAUAUUCUCCUGUAUCGAAUUAAUGCUGACUGUUUUCUUAAUCAACAAUACUCCAAAUGAGAAGAUGCAAAAAGUCAUACUACAAGCAGCGAUUUCAAUAUCUUAUCCUGAAAAAUGCGAAGCCAUAAGUUUGAAAGAGAGAAUUGUCGGUGGUACGGAAUGUUCGGUCGAGGGGAUACCUUUUAUAGUUUCAAUACGUUCUACAAGUCGUUUAACACAUUUUUGUGGAGGUUCUCUAGUAACACCCCAAUGGGUUCUUUCGGCCGCCCACUGUUUCACCCAACCAGAAAGACCCUGGGAAAUCACAGUUCUCGUUGGACUAUCGAAAAGACAGAGACAUAAAACACAGGCAGUUCAAGUGGAAAAAAUUUUCAAGCAUGCAGAUUACGAUGAAAUAGAGAUCAUCAACGAUAUUGCCAUGGUUUUUCUCGAAAAAAGAGUUAUCAUGUUUAUUGGGGUAAUUGCGCUAGUCAAAUUGCCCAUAGAAGGGUUGGAGGAUGAUCUAUCCCAGUACUGCAAAAAAUUUAUGGUUGCGGGUUGGGGAUCAACCCUAGCCUGGUUCGCGAAUCCUCCUGUUUACAAGCCAUCCGUGUAUUUGAAAUGUGUCGAUUUACCAUACAUUCCCAACCAUGCAUGUAUGCGAUAUGGGUAUGCUGCGAAAAAUCCAGAUAUAAUCUGCACACUUGUGCCAGAAGGAGGUAAGGAUGCGUGUCAAGGAGACUCCGGAGGACCUCUUUAUUGCGGUAGAACUCAAUAUGGCAUUGUUUCUUAUGGGGCCGGCUGCGCAUCACCUAACAGGCCUGGAUACUAUACAAGAGUUGAUAAAUACUUGGCUUUCAUAGAAAAAACUAUAGAAUCUUAUAGAAGUAGAUCUGAUGAGCAGUGUUCCAUUUUGUUGGGUCCAAUUCUAUCGAUUAUUAUAUUUAUUUUCUUUAAAUACAGAAUUCGGAGAUCGUAUAUCACCAUAUUCUGGCAGUCACCUAAUAAUUAUUAG